GCGGCGGGAGCGCCAGCGCCAGCCCUGACGGCCGCGGCCGCCCACGCCGGCGAACGGAGAGGCGGCGGCGCGCCGGAACGGGCCGUGCCUCGCCGGCGGCGGGAGGAGCUUGCGAUGUCAUCAGAUGAAGCGAAAACAUCUACCUCAUGACCUGGCAUGAUGCGUCAGGAUGAAACGCCACAGGCAUCUGAGCACCAGUGACAGUUCAGACAAUGAGAGUCCUUCCACUUCCUUUUCUUCUUGUGCUAAAUACAGGAGCAAGUCAAAAACACCAGCAAAUGAACAAAAGAAACCUGCUGAGGUGUUCCGCAAGGAUCUCAUUAGUGCCAUGAAACUACCGGAUUCUCACCAUGUUAACCCUGAUGAAUAUUAUGUCUUUGCGGACACGUGGAAACAGGAGUGGGAGAAAGGAGUCCAAGUUCCAGCCAGUCCAGAAACAAUUCCACAGCCAUCUCUCAGGGUUGUCGCAGAAAAGGUGAAAGAAGUACUGUACACACGACCCAGGAAGUAUAUCCACUGUUCCAGCCAAGAGCCCACGGAACCGGGUUAUAUCAACAUUUUGGAAUUGGCAGAAUCUGUGUGUCGCUAUGACUUGGAUGAUAUGGACAUCUUUUGGCUCCAGGAGCUAAAUGAAGAGCUUACUGAAAUGGGAUGCGGGCCUCUGGAUGAAAACACAAUGGAAAAAACUAUUGAAGUGCUGGAGCGACACUGUCAUGAGAACAUGAAUCACGCUAUUGAGACUGAAGAAGGUCUGGGUAUAGAGUAUGAUGAAGAUGUCAUCUGUGAUGUGUGCCGGUCUCCUGACAGCGAAGAUGGGAACGAUAUGGUGUUUUGUGACAAGUGUAAUAUCUGCGUCCAUCAGGCAUGCUAUGGAAUCUUGAAAGUCCCUGAAGGGAGCUGGCUGUGCCGCACCUGCGUUCUGGGGAUACAUCCUCAGUGCCUCCUGUGUCCGAAACGAGGAGGUGCCAUGAAAGCCACCAGGACAGGGACCAAGUGGGCCCAUGUGAGCUGUGCCCUCUGGAUUCCAGAGGUUAGUAUUGCUUGCCCAGAAAGGAUGGAGCCGAUCACGAAGGUCUCUCACAUUCCACCGAGUCGAUGGGCUUUAGUGUGUAGUUUAUGCAAACUGAAAACCGGUGCUUGCAUUCAGUGUUCGGUGAAAAGCUGCAUCACUGCCUUUCAUGUCACCUGUGCCUUUGAGCAUAGCUUAGAGAUGAAGACUAUCCUGGAUGAUGGGGAUGAGGUCAAAUUCAAGUCGUACUGUCUAAAGCACAGCAAGAACAAACAGAAUUCGCUGCCUGAUGUUGAUGAACACCCCAAAAGCAUACCAGAUCAGAAGCAAACAGAGAGUGAGAAAACCAGUUUGCGAGCCCAGAAACUCCGAGAGCUGGAAGAAGAGUUUUACUCACUAGUUAAAGUGGAGGAUGUUGCAGCAGAACUGGGCCUCCCUAAACUUGCUGUAGACUUCAUCUACAAUUACUGGAAAUUAAAGCGGAAAAGUAACUUUAACAAACCAUUGUUUCCUCCCAAGGAGGAUGAAGAAAAUGGCUUGGUGCAGCCAAAAGAAGAUAGCAUUCAUACUCGCAUGAGGAUGUUCAUGCAUUUGAGGCAGGACCUAGAGAGGGUAAGAAAUCUCUGCUACAUGGUGAGCAGGAGAGAGAAACUGAAGCUGUCUCACAGUAAAGUACAUGAACAGGUCUUCAAUUUGCAAGUUCAGCUCAUUAAUCAGGAAAUCGCUGCAGGCCAUACCCUGACAAGUGCACUAGAGAACACACUGUUCUACCCACCUCCCAGGAUCACCCUGAAGUUAAAAAUGCCCAAAUCAGCACUAGGAGAUUGCAAAAAUAACUCGCUGAAGCCUGGCAACAGACCUCUCUCUCCUGACAACAACAGCACUGUUUACAGCAAAAGGAGCGUGCCCAUGUCAAAGGAACCCUUUGAAAUCAAAGCCAAAUCUUACUCCAGGUAUCAGCACGACACCAGAAGUAACGGGCUGCUUGUGACGGGAGGGAUCGGCAAGCCUCGUGGCGAGGCGAAGGACUCUGGUCUUGUGCAGGUGCCGGAGUUCCACCGGGCCCAGCCGUCGGGCAAACCCCUGGCACUGCAGGCUGCUCUUCACGGACAGUCCUCCAUCGGGAACGGGCGGCUGCAGCAGGACGGCUCGCGGCUGUUGGCCAAGUCCAAUGGCCUGAUGGGCAGGACCGGCGACGUGAGCCAGAGGGACAGCUCCAGCCAGACGCCCUUUGAACAGGAGUCUGUGCUGACGGCUCAUUUGGCCAGCCAGAGUGGUUUUAGAAAAUCCACCAUGGAACACUUCAGCCGGUCCUUUAAGGAGGCCACUAACAGUCUGGUGAGGACAACAGAAGAUUUGCGGUGCUGUGAGAAGCCAACGAGAAAGCUCGCAGCGAAAGAUCGCUUGUGGAGCAAGCAGGCGCUCGAAGGAGCUCCGUACCAGGACAAUGACGGGUACUGUCCCGACUUGGAGCUGAGUGACUCUGAAGCAGAAAGCGAUGAAAAUAAAGAGCAAAUGAGGUUAAGACGAAGUAGCUCAGAGAGAGAAAGCCCGAGUAAGGACUUUGGAAGAGAGUGUCACAAUAGAAACAAAAAGAAUAUGAUUUCUCACGGUUCGGUACAAAGGUGAUUAGAAGCCCCCACGGGGUAACUCAGCCUUUGUGUAUUCCGGUGUACCAGUGCAAAGCUCAGCAUCCACAGGUUCCAGAAAACAGCACAGGAGCUACGUUAGGAAGAACGGCAGCAGGAGAUGGGAAGGGGAGAGAAAUCAGAGUAGUUUUGUUCAACUGUGAAUUGGCUUGCAGCCUUUGCAAGGUUAACCGAGCUGUUGCAAAGUCAAGAAGAAAUUGAUGGGUUCUAUUAGAGUUGAACAUCUGGGAAAGCGUGAAGUGGUUGAUCCUUGCAUAAAUUCAGGAAACUGCUUCCUCCUUGCCAGCACGCGUGCGAGGCAAGAUGUCCACCUCAUGUCUAUCUUGUGGUGGUGGACAGGUGUUAGAGGAGUCCUUGCGUUGCUCUGGCAUGUUGCAAGGGACUGUGAAUGGAGACACUGAAACUGCAUUCUUAAGGCACCUGCAGCACGGCUCUGAUCCAGCAAGGCACUUUAGGUACUUGUUAGAUUUACUCCUGUGCCGAGUCCCGCUGAUUUCCCCCAGAACUCCAGUGCUCAGCUCCACAGGCACGUACCCGGCGUGCUCUGCUGGAUCAGGCCCAAGCGACUACUAAGUGACGGUCCCCUUCCGUCCUGCGGGAGGGCUCCGGCCGCAGGGGUGUCCGCAGGCUCCUUGCGGAGGUGGGAGCAGGUGUCGCUGGCGCUGCCAAACUUGCUGACCUCUGGGCGUGCCCCCGCUCCCUGCUCCUGCUGAAGGUUGUGUUUCUCUUCACAAUAAUUUGCUUAUUUUGUAAAUAUACAACUUGUAGUACUUAAGGUUUUUUUUAAUCUCUCUGUACAUAGUUGCUUGUUGUGGGAUGCACUUGUAAAUAUUUUACCCAGCUAACAAGUACAGAUGGCUAAUUUUGUGGAUAGUGUUUACAAAAGUAGAUGUACUACUUCAAAGAAAAAUGCUAUUUGACACUUACAUUUAGGCAAUCACCAGUGAUGCCAGGUUCCUCUUGAAACGGAGAUUUCAUGUCCAGCGGUAUUUGUACCUGGCGUUUUUAAAAAUAAGCUGAAUUAGAAAUAAUUUUGUCCAAACUUUUUACGUAGGCACAAAUUUUCAACCCUAGCUGCCUAACUGUGGGCUUAAGAGCCCUGCUUCUGGCAUCUAGGACUGUAAAAUUUUAGCCAGGCAUCAUCUGGACUAUGUUUUUUAUUGCUGAAAAUUUAUGGUUCCAUUAAGCUGCUUUUCAACCUCUGGAUCAGUUGCUGUUUCCCAAACUAAAGCUUUUUGCAUGUGCUUUAAAGCCAGUUGUUAACUGGUGUUUAAAUUUCAACCAGUGCGGAGGAAGUGAGAAGGAAGGGGGAAGCCUUUCUGGUUUGUUUAUGUGAUCUGGGAUUUUUGUUUGAAUAGAGACAAAUUUCUUCUUUUCCGGGCAAAGUAACUGCGCUGUUCUCAGCCAUGCUGCACGGUCCAGCCCUCCACAGCACCCUCUGUCCCUAGAGGGCUCAUUUUGUCUAGGAAGGUUCACACCCCACGUAAAGAUGACUAUGCAGAACCCAAGCAACAGCUUGCUUUCCUUCAUCCUCUUAAUUUAUUGCUUUUAGUUUAGGAAAUUACAGCAACGUUUUUAGAUUUGGUUUAACCUUUGAAAUCUCUCUACUUGCAAUAGGACUAGCAGGUCAGGGCUGGAGGACUUUUCUGUAAUGAAAUAAUAAUUAAAAAAAAGUACAACCCAGUAUAGUUGGCAAUUCUAAUCUAUUUGCUUCACUCAUCUUUAUUUUCCCCCCACACACACUUCUUGAUUUUAUGUAUAUUUGUGUAAUUUGUCUUUCUAGAGCUGUAUCUUCAGAAUUAUUUCUUUUGGUGUAAAUAUGCAGUAGCAUUUUAGGUUUCUACAUAUUUUAUUUUAACGGGAAGUGCUUUGUGUUCUAAGCCAUGGGCCGUUCAGAAUAAGGAAACAGAUGUUUGUUCAUUUGUAUUCCGCUUCUGAUUCUCUAAGUUCUCCUUCGAUAUUUAUUAGCAAUCCUCUUACUGGCCACGAAAUUCCACGGAGCUUGCACUGGGAGGUGAGCAAAACGUUCAUGUCAUUUUGUGGCCAGAAGCGUGUGGCGGAGGGGAGGAAAAUGGUGCUUCAGCAAAACUCAACGUUUCUGCUCUUCUGGGGUUAUUCAUUCAGUUGUUUCCCGCCUGGGCAACGGUUUUGCUAAUUUUUACGUGAUUUUAAUAGAUAUAUGAAGGAGCCCUUGGUUGUGUAGUUCUCAAGUAUUGUUCCCAAAGUGCAUUUGCUAGUUUUUAUUGUGUGUUCGGUGGCUAACUGUUUGAAGUAUUACCUCUUAACCUUAUUUGUCAAUUUUUUUUUGUGUUUUUGCAUUUUGUUUUAUAUAUAUAAAUAUAUAUAUAUAUUCAAUUUUCCAAGAUGGACUCGGUCUUUUUCAGAUGUCCCCUUUUUACAAGUACUUUUUCAUUAAAUUAUGAAACUGCUAACAGUA